AUGCGACUGGAGAAAGCCCUGUUCUCAGAAAAAAUAACCGAAGGAAUAAAUUUCGCCAAAUACGACGACAUUCCAGUUCACACCCAUGGUGUCCGUCUGCCUCCACCAUUGGAAACCUUCGCGAACUCUGGCAUGCACGAAGGUAUCGCUUGGAUGCUACGGGAGCUGGCGUCUUACAACAAGCCGACCCCAAUCCAAAGAUUUGCCAUUCCCGCUCUAAGCGCAGGCCGUGACCUUAUGGCUUGCGCGCAAACGGGAUCAGGGAAAACCGCCGCGUUCCUACUUCCUGUCAUCAGCAACAUUUUCUAUGAUGGUCCCACGCCGAUGGACAGCCGCGUGGCUUCUCCAGUCGCCUUGAUCCUAGCGCCAACCCGCGAACUGGCGACCCAAAUCCACAAGGAAGCAUUGAAGUUCACGUACCGAUCGUUUGUCAAAGUAUCGGUCAUUUAUGGUGGGACGCCGACGGGCGAACAGCGUGAUAAAAUGCAUGGAUGUCAUAUUCUCAUCGCCACGGUUGGCAGAUUAAUCGACUUCAUCGAACGUCAGGCAGUCACCUUGAGGAAAAUCAAAUACCUCAUCCUGGACGAAGCCGACCGGAUGUUGGAUAUGGGGUUCGAACCUGCCAUCCGUCACAUCCUGGAUGGCUGCGACUUGAACCCUGCCCAUCAAAAGGCUUUAUUCUCUGCAACGUUUCCGGUCGACAUUCAGAUGAUGGCCCAGGACUUCCUGAAGGAUUACCUGUUCAUAGUUGUGGGCGAAAUCGGAAGCACUACUGACGAUAUCAGGCAAGAGAUCAUCUAUGCGGACCACCACGGCAAGCAACGUGCUCUGGGCGAGCUCCUCAAGAACGACAAAGAGCUCCGCGCCAGCACCAAGGAGCACCCCUACCUUGUCCUCAUCUUCGUCAAGACCAAGCGCUCUGCCCCCAUCCUCGCCAACUACCUCAGAUCUUCCCUCAACCAGCAUUCGGUCCAAAUGCACGGCGAUCUGACCCAAAACGAACGUGAACACGCCCUGCGAAACUUCCGUCACGGCCAACCCAACGUCCUCAUCGCCACCGACGUCGCCGCUCGCGGUUUGGACAUCCCUAACGUCGGCCACGUCAUCCAGUACGAUCUCCCCGACAAGAUCGACGACUACGUCCACCGUAUCGGGCGUACCGGCCGAGCGGGCAACACCGGCCGCGCGACCAGCUUCUACAACGACGACAAUGCCAAUUUGAGGUUGGAGCUGAUCAAGAAGCUGGAGACUGCUACCGGCGGUACUGUGCCUGAUUUCUUGCGUAGGCCGUAUGCAGGUGGUGGACGCAGUGCGGGUGGGUUUGGUGGCGGGUUUGGAGGUGGCCGGAGCGGCGGCGGUGGUGGUGGGUUUGGGCGUGCAGGCGGCGCUGGUGGGGGUGGAGGCGGCGGAUACCGAGGUGGAAAUCAGGGCGGGGGAAACGGCGGAGGAAAUGCGGGAAGUGGAUACGACUACCCUGUUGGUGGCUGGUGA